AUGACCGGAGUCAAGAGCCUCGCCGCGGCAGCCCUGAUGAUGCCCUUGGCCUCGCUGGCACAGGUCCUCUUCUACAACAACGGCACGCUGAACGGAUGGGACGAGUCGCGGGCAGAGCACAACGGCCAGGUGCGCGAGGUAGACAACGUCUACUUCACGGCGCCGACAUCCCUCAAGAUGGACCAGCGGUACGACGCCUCGUACACGGGCCGCUACCACUCCGAGGUGGACGUCAACGACGGGUACACCAGGGGCGACUCUCGCUUCUACGGCUUCGCCUUCAAGCUGUACAGCGGGUGGGAGUUCGACGCGGAUCAGAGCUACAACCUGGCCCAGUUCAUCUCAGACCUGGGCGGCGGGUGCGACGACUACAUGCCGUCGACCAUGGUGUGGCUGGUGGGCGACCAGCUCAAUACACGACUAACUUAUGGCACCUACGCCGAGCCGGACUGCAAGCGCAGCUUCAACGAGAAGCGUAACCUGGCCACCGUCCAGCCGGGCGGCUGGCACACCGUCAUCAUCCAAGCCGACUGGCAGAGCGACGAGUCGGGCUCCUUUGGCUUCUGGUUCGACGGCGCCAAGCUCGUCGACGACUCGGGCAUCGCCACGACGAUCGACAGCGACAACACCUUUGCUUUUCGCGUCGGUCUAUACGCCAACGGAUGGUAUGACGACGACAGCAUGGUUGGCGACCAGGACUACCGCCAGGUCUGGUAUGACGAGGUCGCCAUUGGCACCUCGUACAGUGAUGUCGAACCCCGACAGGACUGA